AUGCACAGCUGCCGCACAAUCGAUAUCGUUGUUGGAUGCGCGACAAGCAGCGACAAUGGCUGUCAGUCUCACACGCGCAAGCUUCCAGUUCUCGAAUCUGUACUUAUCGGCCGCUCCCCGUUCUUCGCAAACGUUGUGCAUAGAUACAGGUCUCCUUCGUCGGAACCCUCCGGGAAAGAUGUAUCUGGCUCGAAGGUGCGACCGGGGUCUGUGAGACUACCAGAAGACAAUCCUAAAGUAGUCAACAACUAUGUAUUGCUCUUACAUAGCGAAGAAGCCCCCACACUCAAGAAACCGGAUGAUCUUGAGGAAGUUGAUACCGAGGAGUAUCCAAGGGUAGCUGCCAGAAUUCUCCAAACGGCCAUGUGCACUGCCGUCGACGACCUCCAGACCCAGCAUAGUAAGCUGUACCUCUUCUGCGAGAAGAUGCAAGAUGUCACCUCCAAGGAGAUAAUACUCGCCGCCAUUAUUAAAUCCACCAAGACACCCAUCAAAGACCUCCAGCGCCGCGCUCGCUCUGGCCCAUCUAUAAUCAACAGGCUGUGCGCCGUCACCAAGACUGGCGGUCGGAUUAGAAGGUGGCUAAGUGACUGCGCUUUGUGCUUCGAACAUUCAGGCUGGCUCCAGGAUGGCCUCGGGUGCCACCCUGAGUACCUCCAGGAUGUUGUGAGGGGAAUGUGGAAGUGCUUCUCGUCCAAGUGA